AUGGCCUGGCGCAGCUCCGGCACGUCCAAUGCGGAACUGGUCGCGAACCUGUGCCGCAACGGCAUGAUCAAGGACGACAGGGUCAAGCAAGCCUUCUUGAAGGUUGACCGCGCUCACUACGCCCCGUCAUCCGCCUACAACGAUUCACCCCAGUCCAUCGGCCACGGCGCCACCAUCUCGGCCCCGCACAUGCACGCCACCGCCGCCGAGCACCUCCUCAGCUCCCUCCAGCCGCCGGCCGACGACUCCUCCUCCGGCCCCAACCGGCCCCGGCGCGUCCUGGACAUCGGCUCCGGGUCGGGCUACCUGACGCACGUGCUGGCGGAGCUCCUGCCGCCGCCGUCGUCCACCCCCGAGGGCGGCAACGGCCCCGCCGCCGUGGUAGGCCUGGAGCACAUCCCCGCGCUCAAGGAGAUGGGCGAGCGCAACAUGUCGCGCAGCGAGGAGGGGCGGGCGCUGCUCGCCAGCGGGCGGGUGCGGUUCCGGGUCGGGGAUGGGCGGAAGGGGUGGGUCGAGCCCGGGGAGGAGGAGGCGGGCUGGGACGCGAUCCACGUGGGCGCCAGCGCCGUCGAGGUGCAUGACGAGCUUAUCCAGCAGCUGCGGAGCCCGGGGAGGAUGUUCAUCCCUGUUGAUGACGAGGAUGGCGGCGGGGGGCAGCAUAUCUGGGCUGUUGAUAAGGAUGCGCAGGGGGUUGUGACGCGGAAGAGGUUGUUUGGGGUGAGGUAUGUGCCGUUGACGGAUGCGCCUAAGUGA